AUGUCCAAUCUGAAAGCAGUCCAGGGGCCUCCAGGACCUCAGGGACGUGUCGGAUCAAGAGGCUUUAAAGGCCGACGGGGCGCAAGAGGGUUCCCCGGACUUCCAGGUCUUCCUGGAUUGAAAGGCCACAAAGGAAGUUCUGGUCUUGGUGGGCCAAAAGGCGAGUCUGGAGCAGUCGGUGUGAAGGGUACAUCUGGUACUCCUGGUUCAAUGGGUCCUCCUGGGCCACAGGGACCAGCUGGUUUGCAGGGUGAAAGGGGCAGAAUCGGACCAACUGGUCCUUUGGGUAAACGUGGCACACCGGGUGAUGUUGGCAAACCUGGACCUCUGGGUCCAAUAGGAAUCCCAGGUAUGCCAGGAUUUCCCGGUAAUCCAGGAAAUAAGGGGGAAGCUGGUCCAACGGGAGUGAGAGGAAGUCGAGGGCAGCAGGGACCCAGAGGGGAUGCUGGACGAGCGGGACCACCUGGACCUACUGGACAGCAGGGUGCUGCGGGGCCCGAUGGAGCUCCAGGUGCUCGUGGCUCAUCGGGGAUAGCAGGUGUUCAGGGUCCACCAGGGUUGGUAGGUCCAGCCGGUCCUCCUGGCCCCCAAGGAACCACAGGAGUACCAGGACCAAAAGGCCAACUGGGUGAUGGUGGACUUGCUGGACUAAAAGGAGAACCUGGACUCAAAGGCGAGAGAGGUGACCACGGUCUGCCGGGUCCAAUCGGUCCUCUGGGAGAGGAUGGGAAACGUGGACCCAGAGGCGAUGCUGGAUCUAUUGGACCUCCAGGACCAGCUGGAGAGACAGGACCACCAGGAAACAGGGGUUUCCCUGGUGCUGACGGUUUACCGGGCCAAAAGGGAGCUCAGGGUGAAAGAGGGCUGCAAGGAUCGCCUGGUGGAAAAGGCUUAGAAGGAGACCCAGGACGUGAUGGAGAGCCAGGUUUACCUGGAGCACGAGGUCUCUCAGGACCAAUUGGUGCUCAGGGAGCAGAGGGAAGACCAGGACCGAUGGGCUUAGCAGGAGAAGAUGGCAAACCAGGCUCAGCUGGUUCUACUGGGAACAGAGGAGCAGCAGGAACCAUGGGUCUGCCAGGACCAAAGGGCUUCACGGGUGAUGCUGGGAAAAUUGGAGAGGCUGGAAGUGCUGGAGCUCCAGGUCCAAGGGGACUUAAUGGAAAAGAUGGAGAGACAGGAGCUGCUGGUCCACCUGGUCCAGCCGGUCCUGCAGGAAAAAGAGGUGAACAGGGACCUCAAGGAGUGAGCGGUUUUCAGGGUUUGCCUGGACCACCAGGACCACCUGGAGAGGGUGGUAAACCAGGCGAUGAGGGUCUUGCGGGAGAAAUUGGUGCUGCUGGGGGAACAGGUCCAAGAGGAGAAAGAGGCCCUCCAGGAGAAAGAGGUGAAACUGGGCCCAAUGGGCUGCUGGGACCUAAAGGAAGUCCAGGAGCACCAGGACCAGAUGGGGCCAAGGGUAACCCAGGUCCAAAGGGUGCUGCUGGAGAGCCAGGUGGUCCUGGACUUCAAGGGAUGCCAGGGGAGAGAGGGGUACCAGGACCCUCAGGACCAAAGGGAGAUGCUGGUUCUGUUGGUGAGAAAGGACUUGAAGGAAAAGCAGGAGCUGACGGUGCGAGGGGGCUUGUUGGUCCUGUUGGACCUGUUGGUCCCGGGGGACCAAAUGGAGAAAAGGGUGAAACUGGCCCACCAGGACCAGCAGGACGUCGAGGCUCAAGAGGAACCCCUGGAUCUACAGGUGAUCUUGGGCCGAUCGGGGCUGCUGGAUUUCCUGGACCUUCUGGUUCAGAUGGUCAGCCUGGGGUCAAAGGUGAAACAGGAGAGCCAGGUCAGAAAGGAGAAAGUGGAUCUCCUGGACCACAAGGGAUGGCUGGGAAGCCAGGAGAACAGGGUCCUGUUGGUGUGUCGGGGCUGAAAGGUGCCAGAGGAUCGCAGGGUCAAGCUGGAUCUCCUGGAUUUCCUGGGCUGCCUGGAAAAGUUGGUCCCCCUGGCGCCCCUGGAUCUGUUGGGGCAGAUGGGCCUAUAGGCACUCCAGGAAAGAAGGGUCCUUCUGGAGUUCUAGGAGAGAAUGGGGCCAUGGGGCGGCAAGGUGAGAGAGGACCACCGGGUCUACAAGGCACUCCCGGAGAGAAGGGAGACUCAGGAGAGGACGGGCCUCUGGGUCCUGAUGGGCCUCCGGGGCCGGCUGGUGUCUCAGGACAGCGAGGAAUUGUGGGCCAGCCCGGAGUCAGAGGAGAGUCGGGCUUGGUGGGACUGCCUGGUCCCGCUGGUCCACCGGGAAAAGCAGGAACUCCUGGAGCUCAAGGAUCCAGAGGUCCAGCUGGUGGGGUUGGUUUACCAGGGACCACCGGGCCAAGAGGAGACGCUGGCCCUGAGGGUAUUGCUGGAGCAGAAGGGGCCCCUGGUAAAGAUGGUCUUCUAGGAGAAAGGGGAGAUAAAGGAAACCCAGGUCCAGAGGGUUUGCCUGGAGUUUCUGGGUCUCCAGGUAAUGAGGGUCCGGUGGGACUAACAGGCGGUCCUGGUCAAAGUGGCACAAAUGGUGAUAGAGGUCCUCCAGGACCCCAAGGACAACCUGGAGUUAGGGGGAAAGUGGGCCCCCAAGGACCACAAGGAGAGAAAGGAGGCACUGGAGACCAAGGAGAGAGGGGUCAGAAAGGUCACAGAGGAUUUACAGGACUCCAGGGUCUACCAGGAAUCACAGGCGCUACAGGAGAUGCAGGAGAGCGCGGAAUAGUUGGACCAGCUGGACAGAGGGGACCUCCAGGUGUGGUGGGUCCUCCGGGAAAGGAGGGGAACAUCGGCCACCCUGGGGCAGCCGGUGCUCCUGGAAGCAGAGGAACCAGCGGAGACAUCGGAGCUCAGGGUCCACCUGGAGAACCUGGACCAACUGGCCUUCCAGGCCCACCUGGACCUCCCACCACAGCUGUGGAGGAGCUCUUUUCAGUGGAUUAUGAGGCUAACGGUGACGUUCAGGAAGCUGUAGACCUCGCAGAGUAUGAUGCCGCUGCGGAUCCUCUCCCAGAAUUCAACAAAGAUGAAGCUCUGCCCAAUAAGAACGUCCUGCAUGCCGAAACAGGCGUCCGAGCCACGUUAAAGACCCUCAACGGUCACCUCCAGAACCUUCGCAGUCCAGAUGGAAGCAGGAUGAACCCUGCGAAAACAUGCCAAGACAUCAAGCAGUGCUACCCUCAGAAAAAGAGCGGGGAGUACUGGUUAGAUCCCAACCAAGGAAGCACCAAAGACGCCAUCAGAGUGUUCUGCAGCAUGGAAAAUGGUGAAACCUGCAUCUCCGCCAAUCCGCCCAACGUUCCUCGUAAAGCCUGGUGGACAAAAUCCAGUCCCAGUCCCAUCAAACCCGUUUGGUUUGGCGCCGACAUGAACGGUGGAACUAAAUUCCGCUACGGCAACAAGGAGGAGCAGCCGAACGCGGUGGCGGUUCAGCUGAAGCUGCUGCAGCUGCUAUCCAAAGAGGCGCACCAGAACAUCACCUACCACUGCAAGAACAGCAAGGCUUUUAAGGACGAGAACGGCGACCUAAAGAAGGCCCUGCUCCUCCGAGGCUCCAACGGUCAAGAGCUCAGAGCUCAGGGCAACCCCAGGCUGAGAUACACCGUCAUUGAGGACAGCUGUUUCAAAUCCAACGGAGAGUGGGGCAGGACAGUGCUAGAGUACAGGACUCAAACGGCCACCAGGCUCCCCGUUGUGGACUUGGCCCCCCUGGGCGUUGGGAAGGCCGAACAGGAGUUUGGUCUGGACAUCGGUCCCGUGUGCUUUUCAUAAAAACUCAAGAUGGACACUUUAUAGCCCUUUUUUUUUUAAAGGAGUAGCACUAAUACUGAUGUUUUAUUGCCGUAAAUGGCUGAACACGACGGAGAUCUUAGAAGUUCACCACACGAAUUUGAAACUGGAGAUUUUAGAUGGAUGGGACACAAACUGGAAGGGCAGCGUUGAAUACGAAUCGUUGAUGUUGGGAGUAAAAACAUACAACCCUUGAGUUUUCCCAGUGUCUGUACAGAGAG